AUGUCGCCCCAUAUGAACACAAAGCACUUCCUGAUCCUGACAAAGCCGCUACAGGGACGAAACGUUAAUAACACUUGUAAGAUACUUAUGACAAUCUUCCAUAUUAUUAAAUUGCACUAGUGUUGAAGUACCCGGAUUUAUACUGCAUAGAGUUUGUUCUCAUUGAAGAUGGCAGAAAUAAAGACAUUACGGUGUCUGACGUUUCUGUUGGUGUGGAAUCACGCCUUUGGUUACAUGCUGUAUCAGACAAAGAUUCCCAACGGAGACUCUGUUCCUCAUCCCUGUAAGACCGACACUAAAUGGCAAGGCGUAGGUCACUUUAUCGACGCUGGCACUGGACUUCGAAAUGCAUUCGGCCUAGACUUUGCUGCUGAAGGUCAUAAGUGGACGUCAACUUUAUGUCAUAAAGACUCGGAUGGGGAUGGCAUGACCAAUGGUCAAGAGCUAGGAGAUCCCAACUGUACGUGGACUGAAACGUCCACACCCUAUCGAGUCACAGGUUUAACUCACCCAGGUAUCUGUGACCCAUGGGAGUCUCCAUCAUGUCUGCUAAAAACUGUAAACCAUUCACUGUACAAGACACAAGGAGACUGGCUUCAUGCGAUAUGCAAAGCUGGGGACUUUGUUUGUCCCGGGAUAAACGAAACAGGUGUGCAGAACCUCACAGUUCGCUUAGACAACACUAGCGUACCCGCUCAGGUCACCACUUAUAUAUGUCAGUACAUAGAUCUUGUCAGGGAAAUAGGGUCAGGGGAUUUUCAUUUGAUCGCUGCUGAACCAAUCAUCGACAACGCCAAUGUUUUACAUCACAUGAUUUUAUUUGGUUGCGAUGAUUCACAAAACAUAACUCAAGGUCCAUUUGAAUGUGGCAUGACUGCUAGUCCGUCGUGUCAAGAUUUUCUCAUUGCCUGGACAGUGGGACUAGCCGGAGACUGCUCACACCCUAUGACUGGUAUUAGGCUCGGUCAAACUGGAUACAAGAAAAUUGCCAUCCAGCUUCAUUGGAACAAUCCAUUCACGAAAUCAGAUUGGACAGAUAGUUCAGGACUCAGGAUUUACUAUACUCCAAAUUUGCGAACGUACGAUGCUGGGAUUUGGAUCACUGGUUCUAACUAUUUUGUCCUGCCCCCCAAACUUCCAUCAGUCACAGUGACAAGCACGUGUACCAAGGGCUGCACCAGAAAUGUUGUCACAGGGCCAGUCAACAUCACAAAGGCAAUAAAUCACAUGCACUAUGCUGGAAAACAGAUGAGCAUCGAAGUACUAAGGGAUGGUUCUCACUACUUAUAUUUGACUAACGAACCAAUCUUUGUCUACGACAGUCCACAGGUCUAUCUUUACACUGACGAGGUCAUCACACUUCAAGCAGGCGAUGAACUGAUCACUAGAUGUACCUUUACUACGGCCAACAGAAACACCACUACCUUUCAAGGGCAAGCAACUUUGGAUGAAAUGUGCUACGGGUUUUUGACUUAUUACCCAGCACAGAAUUUGAAGAACAAGUUUUGUCUUACAGAGGGGCCGGAUGUAAGCUUGUGUGACACGCAGACAGCUCAAGAUCAUGGAUGCCCUAUAUUAAGCUCUAAAUUAGUUGACCAACUAUACACAUCUGGUCUGUCCCAGCAGCUAGAAGACAAAUGCAUGCUUUUUAGCCCUUGUAAGGAGGAAUGUAAAGAAUUUCUUGUUCCGCUGAUUCAAAGCAACAAAUGCUUCCAAGGGGAAUUAUUUGAAUACAUCAAGGGGCGGAUCCUCACUCGUAGUUACGAUGGACGGCAAAUAAUGGCCAGGUUGAGUUCAUGCGAGAAAGAGGUUUACGCCUUACUGAGCUAUCAAUCUAAUCCAAUCUCUUCAACUGAUACGAGCGUGUGUAAAGCUAGCAGAGGAACACAGCUGACGUCUGCUGUCAAUAACUUUGCUUCCUUCUUUAUUAUAGCAUAUAGCUUUGCCUUUCUCAUUUUUUUAAACCAAUAAUUUAUUUAACGGAAAUGUAUAUCCUAUUUGUAUUAUUAUUAUAGUCAUCUUUUAAGUUUGUAGUCAUUCUCUGGCACUGCAACGAUGGAGAUUUACUAAAGGGAAACAAAGUCUAUUGUUGUCUCCCUUUAACACUGUCCGCUGAUGAAUUUUCUGACGGUGUGGCAGCUCUGCAGCUAUCUGUCUGGUAACAAGGCUCUUCUUAGAUAGGUCUAGGCCUCUAAUAUCAGUUGUCACCAUCCCUUAGGCUGAUAUCAAAGCUGUGUAUCUUGUAAAUUGUGUGAACUACCGCUGUGUGUGUUGAAGUAGAGGAUUUUACAAACUAAUUGAGAGUGACAUUGUUUUAUUUGAAUUUGUUGUGUGAUGUAUUUUAUUUAUAAGUACUUGAAACAAUACAGUUAUGUUUUACUAUU